AUGUCCGAAACAAAGCUCACCCUCUACUCGUACUUCCGCUCGUCGGCCAGUGCGCGCGUGCGCACCGUCAUGAACAUCCACAAUAUCCCACACGAUACAAAGUACAUCCACCUGCUCAAGGGCGAGCAGAAGAGUCCCGAAUACUCGGCGUUGAACGCGGGUCAGAGCGUGCCGACCCUCAUCAUCCGUGAGAAUGGUGGGGAAUGGGCAUUGGCUCAGUCCACUGCCAUCAUGGAAUACCUCGACGAAACAUAUGCGCCUCCGGGAAAUACCUUGCUUCCGAAAGACCCCAAAGCUCGAGCCCAGAUCCGCUCAAUUAUCGCUUUACUCUGCGGAGACCUUUUCCCCAUGCUCAGCAUGCGGACACUUAACCGCGUCAAAGCAUGCGGCGGACAGGCUGAACCAUGGGCAAACGAGUGCUCGACAGAGUACCUCACCGCGCUUGAGGCAUUGCUCAAGACGACGUCGGGAGGAAAAUUCUGUUAUGGCGAUAGAUUGACACUCGCCGACGUGGCGUUUGUGCCGCAGAUGUACACUGUCCUCCGAUACUCGCCCAAUAUCAUGGAGGAGCUCCCGACCAUCAAGGCCGUGUUUACCCACGUGUCUGUCAUCCCCGAGUUUGUCGCUGCCGACUACAUGCACCAGCCCGACACGCCCGACGACCAGCGGCCCAAGUAA